CACCUCUACCACCCCAACACCUCUACCACCCCAACACCUCUACGAACCCAAUACCUCUACACGACAAACCCCGGCACUCCACACCAACCCCCCACACCAACCCCCCACACAUCCAUUCACCCUUCACACCACACCACCACAAUGACGACACAACCACCCACACCCGCCACACCCACAACAAUGACCGACGACAACCCCACCCCCACCCCCAACCCCGACCGCCGCCGCGGCUCCUUCUCCAGCGCAACCUUCUCCGCCAUCUUCGGCCCCCGCGGCGCCCCCGCCAACGGCACCAACGGCACCCCCCCCUCUGCCCUGCGCCAGAACCCCUCCCCCCCCUCCUCAACCACCUCCUCCACCACCGCCGCCCUCCCAACCCCCUCCUCCCGCCGACGCAUGUCCAUCUCCACCCUCGGCCUCUCCGGCUCCCCCCUCUCCACCUCCGCCGGCGCCACGACCUUCUUCCCGCGCGACCGCCGCGCUAGCAUCGCCUCCUCCACCGCCUCGAGCCUGACUAACUCUGCGGUCUCGGAGUCGGCGAUUGAAGACGACUCGCCGGAUUCGGGGAGCGUGCCUACCACCCCGUUUUCGAGACAUAUGUCCUUCGGUGGGUCGUCGGGGCUGUUUCCCCGCGGGUCGGGGAAUGGAGCGGGCGGCGUGGGACCGACGAGUCCACAGUCCAAGUCCAGAAGCCCCAGUGAUGCGGGGGGUCUGAAUUGGUCCGAACAAUUCCGGGAGCGCGCAGCGAGCGCCGUUCAUAGGCCUAUGAUGGGCAGUUCCCCCCCUGCUGCGGGGGGGGGGUUUGGUAGCAUGGGAGCGCAGGGGGGUCAAGGGGGACCUCCGCAUGUGAGAGCGAAGAGCGAAGGGGGUGAUCAGAUGAUGGCGCAGGUGCCGGCGAGGACGCAACCGCAGCCGGUGCCGCAGAGGAAGGAGAGGAUGAAGCCGGAUGAGGUGGGGGAGAGGAUGUUGAGGGGGGAGUUUUAUAUGGAUUGAGCUGUGAGAGGGAGAGAGUGUUUGUAUGUGUGUAAGGGAAGACUUGACGGUGCGGAUGAUGGCUGUGUGACCUGGUGCCCGUCGCUGCAUUUGUCACGUUUGCUCGGUUUCUUGCUGACGUAGGCCGGCAGACGGGGGGAUGACCGGUGGCUGGCACGGCGGAUACACGCACCUCAUCCCAUCACGCAUCAUACACCCAGCUCAUCCCAACCACACCUGAGCGCUCUACCUAUGCACAUACAUUCUCCCCAUCCAGUUCCCCCGACGACCGAAACAAACAAACAAAAAACAACACCAUCGACCAGCCAACACACCCACCCACCCACUCGCUCACUCGCUCCCUCUGCCCAGGGCAAAGCAAAAACAAACCAAUUCAAGAAGAAAAAAGGAGCUGCGACGGAUGCGAUGGCGGCGAAAUGAGGGGGCCUUUGAACGCUUUGUGGGCAAGAAAGAGACGAGGAAUUCUGAAAGAAAAAAAAAAGAGGGGGGGGGGGGAGAAUGUUAGAAUCUUGGCCAUGGCGAGGGGCGCGGCGCGGGAUACUCGCAAAGAGGUUCUUCGGGCGGUGUUAGGGGUGGGAUGGCUUGCAUACACAUACAUUAUCUCUGUAUGAAUUCAUCAUACCUUUUUUCGGGGGCCUGCUUGCCCUCAAUUACCUUGUCUUCUGUUCUGUAUGAAUAGCUCGUCUUUACCCGUCUUUUCGUGUUUUUUGGGGGGGAGGUUUUCGCUGUGGUGAGAGGGGGAGGGAGUGGUUUUGGGAGGCGGCUGGUGGGACUUGCUUUGCUUCGGCUGGCGCGGGGAGGGAGAGGAGGUUGCCCGAGG